CAUCUUUUCCCGUCCUCUAACACCAACCUCCUUCUCCACUUCACAUCCUACAAAAAGACCUACUGCGACCAGAUAUCCAACCUGUCUCUCUUAAUCCUCUUUCGUCGACCAACCUUCAUCAUGUCUCUCAAGCGUAAAGCUGCGGACGCGCCUACUGGUGAUGCUAAGAAGCCAAAAGCCAAUGGAUCUAUCACGUCGUUCUUUGGACCUCCGAAGACUGUAUCUACUACUGCAAAAGUUUCGGGUACCGGCACUGAGAAGAUUGAACCCGCGCCUGCGGCGUUCAAGUUUGAUAAGGAGGCGUGGGUGAAGAAGUUGACUGCGGAGCAAAAGGAGUUAUUGAAGUUGGAGAUCGACACCUUGCACGAGAGCUGGUUGAAGGAAUUAAAAGAUGAGGUUACGAGCAAAGAGUUCUUGGAGCUGAAGAAGUUCUUGAAGAGAGAGCAGGACUCCGGCCAGAAGGUCUUUCCGCCAAUGGAAGAUGUCUAUUCUUGGUCGAGACAUACACCACUUAAUACGGUCAAAGCCGUAAUCAUCGGCCAAGAUCCAUACCAUAACCUCAACCAAGCCCACGGUCUCUGCUUCUCCGUCCGCGCACCUACACCCGCUCCUCCAUCCUUGAAAAACGUCUACAUCGCCCUCAAAAAAGACUACCCAUCCUUCAACCCUCCUCCCAAGAACGGCGGUCUCCUCACACCGUGGGCCGACCGCGGCGUCCUGCUCCUGAACACCUGCCUGACCGUUCGAGCCCACGAAGCCAACUCGCACGCCAACCGCGGCUGGGAGCGCUUCACGCAGAAGGUAAUCGAUAUCGUAGCCCAGAAGCGAAUGAAGGGCGUCGUGUUCCUAGCUUGGGGAACACCCGCGGGUAAGAGAGUCACGAAGGUGGAUCGCAAGAAGCAUUUGGUGUUGCAGAGCGUGCAUCCUAGUCCGUUGAGUGCACAGAGGGGUUGGUUCGAUUGCGGGCAUUUUAAGAAGACGAAUGAGUGGUUGGUGCAGAGGUAUGGAGAGGGUGGAGAGAUCGAUUGGAAUCUGGAUGUCAAGGCUGUUGAGGCUGGUGUUUAGAUGAUAGUUGAGCUUGGUGUAUGGAGUAUACGGGUACGUUCGUUUGUUAGGGAUAUAUUCAUGGUGGAUAAAGGAGGAUGUUCAGUCUUGGUUCAUUUGUCAUAUACAGAGUCAUGGCGUCCCUACUGUCAUAAGAAGCAUGAAACAUGCUUUAGAAUAUAGAACAGCCG